AAUGAAUUGAGCAACGCUUUUUCAUUUCUUGAUCGUUUUCGUUUUUUGGAAAGAAGAUGACAGAAAGCAAUGUUCUAAAAGGUUACACAUCAGAUUUAUUCGAAUCUCUUAAAUUAGUACGUGGACCUCGAGCCAGCGGGUAUCGCAAUGAUAGCUGACAGAAAUAUGAUAGGUAGCCAAAUCAUCAUGGCGAAGAAAUCUAACCGCAUGGCUAUAUGUGCCUAUUGGUACUCUACUUAUCCUACUCGCUUGUUUUGUAGUUAAUUCUCUUAUUCGAAUGAGCUCUGUGUCCUUCCCAGCUUCUGUGGCUCUUUUGGUUGUCCUAUUCUUUGGUCUCAUACUUUGUGAAAUGUCAUUUGGGACCCAGAAGACAAAAUUUAUUUUCAAUGUCAUUGAUGUACCUGUAAGAAUAUCAUCUCCGAUUUUGGUGCUUUGCUUAUACUCUGUAGGCUGGAUGGGCUCUUCGAUAUAUUGGUCUUUUCUUUACACCGCCGUAAGUGGGACAUUCCUGACAAUCAGUAUAGAUCUAAUCAGAAACAAAAGAUUCGUCCUUCUUCCCCUGAGCCCUCCGAUCAGUGGAGUGGAGGUCAGUAAGAUUAUAGCAGUCUUUUGUCAGUAUUCCUCUCACAGUCUUUCCAGUUCCUGGAGUAUUUACAAUUUCUAACUUCCCCAGUAAUUGGAUUCUUCGUCGUCUUCGCAAUCACAGCAUGGCUAGCCCGAGGCCUCCAACUCAUCCUAGGCUCCUCCAAACGAGCCACAACCGAACGAGCCGAAGAAAUGGGCACCGAACAAGACGCCAUCCCGCUCACAGAAAUCAGAGCAUCAAGUGUCCAAGCAUCCUCCAGCACUCACCCCGCAACCCCAGAACGAGCCAGCGGGAUAUCAACACCACCCACUUUCCUAGAAGACGUAACAAACAGUCUCACAGCUCCGCAGCGAACAAAAAAUCCAAGUGACAUCAGAAUCACCGGUGGACCCCCAGAAAGUGACACCAGCAUCCUCGACCCCCUUCCCACACCACCAACCCAAACACCCCUCCCCCUCACGCGUCCCCAAAGAUGGGCCGCAUUCAUAAAUUUGAAUUUCGAUAGACUAACAUACACCAUCCUCUUCCUCUUCAUCGGACUCCCAAUCUACUACACAACAGGGUAUGCCAUGCCCGCGCAGCUAACCCUCAACAUCCUCGCCUAUUUCUUCGCUCUCUCGCUUCCCGUACGAUGGAAACAGGUGUUACACCCAGUCUUGGUAUCUUCUGCGUUUACCGUGCCGGGAGUAUGGAUCAUGGGGUUGAUCCGAGGGGAUACGCUGCAUGAGGUAUUGGGAAGUUAUCGAACUGGUGCGAAUUACCUUGCGCUUUGGCAUGGGGAGAAAGGUCUUGCUUUGCCUGGUGCUGGGAAUAGUAAGUAUUUUUAUAUAUCCAGCUUUCUUCAUACUCCACAUUUCACACUUCAUCCUUCACACUUCAUCCUUCACACUUCAUACUUCACACUUCAUACUUCAUACUUCACACUUCAUACUUCACACUUAUACUUUUACACGAAUAUCACAAGUCAAGACAGUCAUACAGUACUAACACAAAAACCCAGUCUUCGGCAGCGUCCUAGAUGCAUCAAUCGUCGCCCUCGCCCUCCCAAUGUUCUCCUACCGACAAGAACUCCGCCGCCAUUUCUUCGCCAUCGUGAUUCCAAACGUCACAAUCUCAAUCGGCUCACUAUUCGGCUAUCCCGCUUUAUGUAAGUCUCAUCCUCCUCUCCAUCCACCCCUCACUCAAACCCCCCUACAGCAUAAAAACCUACAAACCCAUCAUUGACAAAACCCCAGGCUACGCAAUAGGCAUCUCCUCAACGCGAAGUCUCGCCUUUGCAAGUCGAAGCCUCACUCUCGCCUUAGCAACGCCCGCAACCAAGAAUCUGGGAGGCGACGUGAACACAGUACGUAUCAUCAACCCAUCUCUCACCUUAUCUUACCUGGGGUGAUGAAUGAAUAUUCUGUAUAGCGCAGAGCAGAAUGGAUUCAUGACUGAUGCAUCUACAGAAUGCUACGUUGGCAAUCAUGAGUGGAAUAAUGGGCGCCCUCCUUGGAAACCGAAUUCUGCAAUUCUUGAGAAUCCCAGAAGGUAAGCUAUUUCCAUUUCACAGCCAGAAAAUCUACAAGUGUAGGUGUAAAGAAGUGAAAGUGGAAGUGUCCAAGUGAAACACUUACUUUCAAAAAAAGAAGAAAAAAAGCAAAGCUUAAAAAUAGAAAGAAAAAGACAGCCCGUGACCACCAUUUUUUAUGUAGUCAAGUGACACUGUCGAUCAUCAGCAAACCUGACCCCCUCAACAUGGCAUCCAAUGGCCCCUUUCGGUACCUUGCAGGCAGCUGACGAAAAGAAAACCAGAUGACUAUGUCACUCGAGGGGUAACAUUGGGCGGGAACAGCUCAGCCAUCGCAACGGCACUCUUGCUCGUCACGGACCCCCGAGCAGCGGCGCUGUCCAGUCUGAGUAUGAGUCUGUUUGGUAUCAUUACACUUGCGUUGAGUUCAGUACCGCCUAUCGUGGAGGCCAUCAAUUCCUUGGUACAUUAGAUUUAGAGGGCUAGAUUGACCAUAGAAUAUUUUGAAAUGAUCGUGUGGUAUGGUGGGCAUCAUGUCAUAAGAAAAGUAGGUACUUCAUGCUCAUAAGCUUCUGGAGGGAGAGAAAGCCGACACGGUCGUGAGAAGUUUUUAGGACCCAACAUUAUCAUCAUAGACUCGUAUCAAAUAAGUGUCCCCAUGCCAGUAC